GUCGUUAAGAACACCUCGUACAUCCCGGACUGACUCUCCCUGUAAAGCAGCCUUGCCUAAAUCACCGUCAAGACAAUCUCCAGAAAGCUGUGCGUGUGAGCCGCUGCACCCUGUCAGGAGCGAUGGGAGAGGCCGAGACGCGCCAGAAACUGCUGCGCAAUGUGAAGAAGGAGGUGAAACAAAUUAUGGAGGAGGCAGUAACGAGGAAAUUUGUGCAUGCAGACAGCAGCCAUAUUAUAUCCUUCUGUGCUGUAGUGGAGGCGUGUGUGCUUCAUGGAUUGAAACGUAGGAUUGCAGGCCUGCUGUGCAGUAAUAAGGUUGCGGCACUCUUUAUGAAGGUGGCAAAAAGCUUUUCCCCUGCUGCGGAGCUCUGUCACAAGGUCCAGGAGCUGGAACAGCUCAUUGAAAACAGCAAGCAGAACAAUUCCUCACUGAGUACUGACCGCAGUCGGCAGUCCAAGUUGGCUAACCUUCCUCCUCAAGCACUGAAACACCUGUGGAUUCGAACUGCCCUGAUGGAAAAGCUCCUAGAUAAGAUUGUCCUGUACUUGGUAGAAAACAGCAGUUCAUUCUAUGACAAAGAAGCCAUGCUGAUGGAUCCUGUGGAUGGACCGAUUCUUGCAUCCCUAUUGGUUGGCCCCUGUGCUUUGGAGUACACCAAGGUUAAGACUGCAGACCAUUUCUGGACGGAUCCAUCUGCAGAUGAGCUUGUACAGAGGCAUCGUAUUCACAGCGGUCACUGUCGGCAGGAUUCCCCCUCCAGAAGGCCUGCCUUGAUCCAGAAGAGACAGUCCAGUGGUAGCAUGGAUGAUCGCCCUCUUAUGUGGGUGAGGGAAUAUGUUGAAUCACUUCACCAAAACUCUAGAGCCACACUUCUGUUUGGGAAGAACAAUGUCCUGGUCCAGCCGAGAGAUGACAUGGAGGCCAUUCCAGGCUACCUUUCUCUACAUCAAACUGCAGACCUUAUGACCCUGAAGUGGACACCAAAUCAACUGAUGAAUGGCAAUGUUGGGGAGCUGGACUCUGAAAAAAGUGUUUACUGGGAUUAUGCUAUGACAAUUCGUUUGGAGGAGAUUGUGUAUCUCCACUGUCAUCAGCAAGUGAACAGUGGAGGCACAGUCGUUUUGGUGAGCCAGGAUGGGAUCCAGAGGCCUCCUCUACAUUUUCCUAAAGGAGGCCAUUUGCUCCAGUUUCUCACAUGCUUAGAGACUGGCCUGCUACCUCAUGGGCAGCUAGACCCACCACUCUGGAAUCAGAGAGGGAAGGGAAAGGUUUUCCCCAAACUGCGAAAGAGAAGUCCACAUGGUUCAUGUGAUUCUGUAUCAGAUAAGGAAGACGAUGAAGCAACCGAUUAUGUGUUUCGGAUCCUCUUUCCUGGCAAUCAGAUGGAGUUCAUGGCCCCAGAGCUGAUGGAUCAGGGUGUUAAUAUGUGGCAGCCAGCCCCCAGGAAGUCCUCCUGCUCCUCCUGCUCACAGAAUGGCUCAUCUGAUGGCUCUCUGCCUAAUGGCUGUAACCAAGAAAGGGCUCCCUUAAAGCUCCUUUGCGACACCAUGAAAUACCAGAUAAUCUCCCGUGCGUUCUAUGGCUGGCUUGCAUACUGUCGUCAUCUGUCCACAGUCCGCACCCACCUCUCCGCAUUGGUCAACACCACGAUUGUUGACCCCGGCGUACCCUGUGAUGCUCGAGGAGGCCUCUCUGUGGAGGUCUGGAGCAACUUCCUCAAAGACAGCUCUGCCUAUGAGGAAAAGGAGAUACACAGACUGGUGUAUUUUGGUGGGGUGGCCCCUUCACUCCGUAAAGAAGUCUGGCCCUUCCUGUUAGGACAUUAUAAGUUCAGCAUGAGUGAAAAAUGCCGGCGGGAGAUUGAUGAGCAAAUGCGGUGCAUGUACGAGCAGACUAUGAAGGAGUGGCAGGGUUGCGAGGCCAUUGUCCGUCAGAGGGAGAGAGAGAAACACGCCGAGGCACUCGCCCGAUGCUCAUCCGGAGCCAGCGUGGAAAGGGGACCCGUGCAGCGGGACUCCACCAUCAGUACAGAUUCAUCUCUAAGUAGCAACUCAGAUCAACAAAAUACUCACUCACAGAGCGACUCCAGCAGCAGCGCACAGGUAUUUGAAUCGGUCGACACAGCGGAUCAGGCUGAGAGUGAGUCCAGAGCUGAAGAAGCACAGCACAGAGGUGCAGGCAAGGCCAUCGGAAAUGCAACCACAGACAAGCCACAACUUCCCUCCUCCGACCCGUCCUCCAACGAUCUGUCAAACCAACGUCCAGAUUCAGACAACCGUCAUCCUGUAACUGAGUCUGUUUCCCAGCAAACAGCAGAAAACUCAGAAGCCUGCAGUGAGGAACCUACAGCUGGAUCACAGCCUGUAAAGAUUCAGCUCACAACAUGUGAAUCAGGAGAGGAGGAUGUAAAGGACCCUGCAGCCGAGAGUGAGGCUGAUGCACAAAAGAGGGAGACGGUUUCAGAAAGCAUAGUGGUUCAGGAGACAAAGGAGAAAUCUGAAGCUGAGCAAAAAGCUGAAGUAGAGGAAAAAGAUCAAACGAAGCAUGGGCUGUCAGGGGCUUCAAAAGCCACAGACACAGAUAUUAAUUUGAAAGAGAAUACUAAUGUUCUAAAGCUGGAAACAGAGAUACAUAAUGAAUAUUUCCAAGCACCUCCGCUUGGGCAGACUUUAAGUCUUCAGCCACACAAGAGCAAAAGUCUGGAAGUGGAGUCAUCUUGUCCGCCUACAGCAGAAAAAGAUGCAAAUCCGCUAAAUGAAAAAAAGCCAGAAAUUUCUAAGAAACAAGAAAUCCCAUUAAAAGUGAUCAAGGCCUCAAACACAGACGCAGAAACAAUGGAUGUUGAAGCAGCCGUCUGCGACUUUGUUGAAACCAAAAAGGCUACAGAGAUUUCAUUCGAGAAACCUGGUUCAAAUUCUCCAGUCAGACAAGUGCUGAAUGCUCUUCAAUCAGCAUCGCUUUCGCUGUCGUCUCAGUCCCGGCAGUCUCCAGACACAGCCGAUUCGGAUGACUCUCCUUCUGCGCUGGAAAUGGAGGACAUUCCUGCAGGGAUAACAUGCGUGACCUCCGAGGACAUCAAAACCAGGCCUUUGGCAGGGCUUGCUGCGCCCCCUGUCUCCCUGGCACAAAGAGAGAAAAUGGCAUCUGAGGAUCUUGCCCUAGAUCACCAUCUGGACACAGCUUGUAAUACCAGUCCUGAGGGCACAGAUCUGGGCCUUUCAGAAGAGGAGCCCGAGAUAGAAAAUGUGCUCACUGAACCAGAGUCUGCAGAGGUGGGAGGAGUCACCAAAUAUGAUGAGUCCUCAGAGGAGCAAACCUAUUCUCAAGAAACAAUGGAUAUGUACUUGAUCAAUUUGCAUCGUAUUGACAAAGAUGUCAGACGUUGUGAUAGAACGUAUUGGUACUUCACCACUGAGAAUCUGGAGAAGCUGCGUAACAUAAUGUGCAGUUACGUCUGGCAGCAUCUGGAUAUCGGUUAUGUGCAGGGCAUGUGCGAUCUGCUCGCUCCUCUGUUAGUUAUCCUGGAUGAUGAGAUCAUGGCGUUCAGCUGCUUCACUGAACUGAUGAAGAGGAUGAACCAGAAUUUCCCUCACGGGGGUGCCAUGGACUCUCACUUUGCCAAUAUGCGCUCACUUAUCCAGAUCCUGGACUCUGAGCUGUUUGAACUGAUGCAGCAGAAUGGAGACUACACCCACUUCUACUUCUGUUAUCGCUGGUUUCUUCUUGACUUCAAGAGAGAAAUGGUCUACGAUGAUGUGUUCUCUGUGUGGGAAACCAUCUGGGCAGCCAAGCACACCUCCUCUGAGCACUUUGUGCUCUUCAUUGCCCUGGCACUUGUGGAGAUGUAUCGAGACAUCAUCCUGGAAAAUAACAUGGACUUUACAGACAUCAUCAAGUUCUUUAAUGAAAUGGCCGAGAGACACAACGUCCCCCAGGUCUUGAUGAUGGCCCGAGACUUGGUCCACAAGGUGCAGACGCUCAUAGAAAACAAGUGAUGCAGGAUGCUGCUGGUUAACACCCACGAUCCUUUUAUGCUAACUUGUCUCAGAGAUAACAACAGAACCAUGUAAUUGUCGUAUAUUCCACAGAAAAGGAAAUGAUGUAAAUGAAAAGCACCGACAAGAUAACCGAUCAUUAAAGCUGCUCGUUAUUCAAAGGUAGUUGUAAAACAACUUCUCAUCACUUGCUCCUCUCUGUAUUCGGGAGAUGCAAUUAUUGCCAGUGUUUUUGGUCACUUAGUGAAUGUACCCUUGUUGAAACUGCUUCAGGAUGUUGUUUAUUUUGCCUUAAAAUUUGCUAUUUUUUCAGGGAUACAGCAACCAAAUUCUUCACUAAUGCGUUCGGUUAAGUUAUACAUCUUGUAUACACUUAAAUAUAUUUUCAGUAUUGUCAUUUACUUAGCUGAAAUUGUAGCUGCCAUGCUUAAACAUUUUGUGAUACACUUGAAUAGUUUUUUUCAGUGAUGUACCUGAGGUCACGGGAUGAUUUGCAAACGUUGCAGGGUUCUACCGGCUGGCUUAUCUGAUGUUAAACAGGUGAUUGCCUCUGAUGCACACAAGAUUGCAGCAUAUGUAGACCUGGAUUCUGUGUAGCACCUUGUAAUUGCACAUAGUUUCCAUAUACUGUAUCACCAUUUCCUCUUUCAACUGGUCACGUUCUUAUAUUCUCCGCUGCUGUCUCCCACCUCCUCUAUGCAUUAGUUAAGAUGAUUUAACCGUUGUCUCAUAUCCCAGUUAGUAUUCCUUCUAGAUGCAUGCUGUCAUUGAAAACCUCCUUCUUCCCUUAAACUACACAGUGCUGCUCAGGCUGAACACGUCAGCUAUCGUUUUCAUAAAAUCAAAGGAUAAAGACUGCUUAAAGGGAUUUCCCACAGUCAGAGGUUUCUUCCUGUCAAAAGGGAGUUUUUCCUUCUCACUGUCUUUCUUUAAUUUACAAUGCAAAGCACCUUGAGGUGACUGCUGUUGUGAUUUGGCACUAUAUGAAUUGAAUUAAUUUUAAAGCGCUACAGCUUUACCAGAUUUUGCUUCCAUGCAAUAUAGAGAAUUGUGGUCGUAAUUUUUCUGCUGGUGGUUAUUUCAAAGAGGUAGUUAGCUGGUGGCAGUUUGUUCUUCCUUCACACGCUGCACUUCCCUUUUUCACUUUCAGAGUUAAACCACUGUCUCGCCCUGACGAACUUGGUUGUCAUGGCUUUAAAGCGCGCCAAAUUGUUUCUGUAUGCCAAAAAACCCCGAAAGGCAGCGAAUAGUUUAAUAUUUCCCGGGCAUUUCUCUUCACUAUUAUCACUAUUUCACUGCUGCUCAGAAUGUCAGAGCUCUAACUUCAGCUAUGAGGAAAGUACAAUCUUGAUGAUGAGCUUUUUACUUUUAAAGGAAUAGUAGCUGGUCAGUGGUAUGUAGCCAUGUAGAUAAUGAUGAUUUUGUCAGUUCAUUUUUUUGCUGCAGUCAUAGUGGAUUUCAUUUGUUUAGCCUUAAGACGAGAAAUGAUUUAACAGCUCGGGAGUAAACGUGUAAAGGUGAAUAUCUUAAAAUCUCGGCAGAUAAACACAAGAUACUCUAUAUAGCUCGAUACCAAGAGAGGCAAGUCAGAAAAUAUGAUUUAUUGGUGCCACUUACAGUUACAAAAUAGCCAAAACACACACGUCUGUUUCACUGUGGCUUAAAUUCCAGUGUUUUAAUAUCACUGCUAAUGUGUCUACAUAUGAUCUUGCCUGAGUAUUGCUGUUUGUGUAUUGCUGUUUGUUGUCAGAAGAUUUACAGUAUACAAUGUGUUAAGAAGAAACUGACUUACUGUACAAAAAAAAAACCUAAGCUAGUACUUAUUUAUUAAAUGCAAUACAAUGUCUGUAUAUGGGCCUGGUCUGAUUAUAAUGAAACAAAAGCUAAAAGUAUGCCAAUGGAAAUAAAUAUAUUUUUAUUUUUUCUGUGUCUUCUAAAAUGGUCACUGAGUAUACUUAAUUUAUUGUGUAUUAAAAAUCUUAUAUUUUGCAUUGAAGGUGCCCUGCGUGUUCUUUCUGGUUAAGAGAUCCGCUUUGAUCUUCAAAUUAUUUCAUGUUAAAUUGUUUGUAAUAAUAACCACUUUAGAUCGUAUUUUUGAUCCUGAUUCUUUGUUCUGGUGCCUUAUUUGUGUCUGAAAUAGGGUCAGUUUGUUUCAAGUCUGCCUAAAAACAACACCCAGAUGCUUACAGGUAGUAGGCAUACCUUCAGGGGUCUAGUGGAGUACACAACUCAACAUCAGCCGUCAGCAAAAGGGGGGCCGACAUAAUAUCACGGCAGUUAUGUUAUGCCUGAUCAGUGUAUCCGUUGAUUGUAGAUCUUGACAAUCCCACGCCUACCUUGCCAUGAAUUUUCUUAACUUAUUUAAAUGUUGUUUUUCCUCAUCUGGGGGAAUAAUUCUGUCAUCAUGUACUUCUGUUGGCUUCUGUAGUCUUUCUGAUCUUUUUGCUUGUGCUGAGGUAGUCAACACAUUCCUUCUUUAUAAGAGUGUACCGGAUGGUUUGGCCAGUCCUAAUGUUUUUGCUCUCUCUCUGAUAAAUUUGUUUGAGUUAAAACUUAUACAAUUGGAUGGAACCGUCGUUUGCUCACGUCAAUGGACCCAGGUCUGAUGUUCUGGAUGGAGGAAGGUAAUAAAGUUCUUUAGGUAAAGUCAGAUCAGCAGUGCAACUACCCAACUUAAAACUGUCACACAAUCCUUGGAGGAGAAAAGAUGGUACUGGCAUUUUUUUUGUAUAUGUAUGUUAAGCUACAUUAGAGGUCUAUCUUGCUCCAUUAAACCAAACUAUUUCAAUAUCAGCAUCGAUUUAGGCAAAGCACAGGUCUAAUACAGUAACCUCAGGAAUAAUCAUAAUAUUGCAUACGUUUUCUUUAUUUAAAGGUUAUCACCCUAACUAAUCGACUGAACAAAUAAACUACUGGCAUAGAUGUGACUGGGAAUAAAACUGCAAAAAAGAAGGAAUAGUUGAACUGUGUGUCUUUUUCAUGUUGUCCAGUUCAUUAUUCAAGUUUGGGCAGGAGCUGAGUAGACCAUUUUAACUUUGAACUGUUGAUUUGUUGGAAUCAACACCAUAUUUUUUCCCCCUAUAUAAAUAAUUACCCCAUAUUAAAGAAGGGAAAUCACUUCACUUCACUUUAAGUACAGAAAAAAAUAAAUGGGCUUCAGAGUAAGAAAAGAAACUGUCACAGUAAAAGUUUGCAUUUUAUUGGUAAAGAAAAAAAACAACAAAAAAAAAACAACGAUAGAGAUGCAUAAAAAUUAUAAACUACAUUUAGACCACCUCGAUCAGCGGCCUACACGCACAAAGAAAAACCCCAAAAAACGAAGGACAAUUAAGUCUCACAGUCAACGUGUUACACUAAAAGGGUUCACUAAUUUUACUAUACUGAUUAGUUUUAUGGGUUCUUGGUUUGGCCAAACAGAAAACGCACCCUUUCAUACUUAAAGCUACCAAGAUGUGACACAUGAAAAAUAAAAUUACGUCAAUUCAAGAAGCAGGACUGCAGAAAUGUGUACUUUGUUUUAAAUGUUUGACAUCACACUCCCGAAUUUCUUUAUAAAAGAAACCUCCAAUAUGUUACAUAAUGGUCAAAUGGUUAUCUCACAAAAAGUUAACACAUAAUUCUGUUUCCAGAUAACGUAUGGGUGUUUAACAAACAAAAAAAACUCCCCAAAAAAACAAGACUGUGGGGAGGAGCAGGUUGUUCACGGGUUCCUGACCAUGGAAUGUUUUUAAUCAAGAAAUAAAAAUGGUGUGUCCUAUGAGGAGGCCUGAGGUUUUUAAAAAAACAAAAAACAAAAAAAUCAAAUGUAAAAUUACAAAAACAACCCCCCCC